AUGUCACAACCGCAGGCCGACCCCAACGCACCAUUGUUCGGCGUUGCUCACAGCGUCUUCCGUCCGCUUCUCACGGCCAUCACGUGGGCAAACGUCGCCACCUCCUACGUCUUUCUGUCCUUGCGUCUCUUCGUCCGCUGGCGUCGAAACCGGCACCUUUUGCGCGACGACUUCUGGAUGGUCCUUGCCUGGCUGUGUCUCCUGACAAUGGGGAUCCUCCAGAUGCAGCAGAUGGAUGCGCUCUGGUACGUCGUAGCGCUCAGGGCCGGGAGGUUUCGCCCGGCGUCCAAGGAAGAGGCGAACGCGCAGCUGGAGCAGUGGUUGCGCUGGUCCUACGCGCUCACGUUUGUCUUCUGGUCGGGAUUGUUCGCGGUGAAGGCGAGCUUUUUAAACGUCUUUUUCAGGCUUGUCAGUCCGAUCCCGUGGCUACGCAAGGUUUGGUACGGGAUCGCGGCGUUUUGUCUUCUUGCGUACAUUGGGGGCUGGCUCGCGGGUUCACUCGUGUGCGACAUUCCAUCCGACUACUUUAGAGCAGAGAAAUGCAACUCCUCAAAGGAAGUCUUCUAUUCCCGCUUCGCCAUCUUCUUCGCGACUGCGGCCGACGUCUUCACAGAUUUAUUGAUCAUGGGGCUGCCGAUCGCCGUGCUCCCCUCCUUACAACUUGAUUUCAAGAAAAAGCUCGGUCUUGGGGUGGCCUUUUGCCUGGCCUUGAUUACGAUCGUCACUGCCAUCGUUCGCAUGACGCAGGUGCUCAAGGGAGAGACGGUGGACAUGGUCGGCUUGUCUGUGUGGAGUCUGACCGAGCUCGGUGUCGCCAUCAUCGUGGGAUCGCUGCCGCCGCUUAAGGCUCUUCUCACUCGAAGCGUGAGGAAGUACAACGGAAGCAGGACGAACCGCAAUAAGUCGUACAUCAACUGCAGAGGCGAGCGCGGCAACGGCUACGGCCCAAACAACACUUCCCGGUCCGUCAUGGUUGCCGAGUCUAUUCCAUUGGAUGAUAGGCAUAGGAGUGAACAGUUUGAUGGAAGGAUAUACGUUCAGAAAACAUGCGAAGUUCGUGUUGAUGGUGUCGCGAGAAAAACAGACGACGAGGAGGAAGCCGUGUUGACGAAUAGUUUUGCUGCUAAUGGGCCCCCAUAG